AUGAGGGAAGGAGGAGGAAGAAGAGGAACAUCAAAGCUAAGAGAAGUAGCAAGAAAAGUUGCAGUUGCUGCAGUCUAUGCAUGUGGUUCAUUCUCCAGAAGAAAAUCAUUGGUGGAUCCAGUUUCCAUUGACACUUCUUGUGCUUUAUCUGCUACUAUCUCAAAUUCCUCAUUUGUAUCUCCAUCUACAACAAAAUGUUGCUCAGGAGAGAUAGUUGAAGAAACUGAUUCAACUAUAACAACAAACAUCAACAACAAUGAGCUUCAUAGUAAGGGUUUGUGUGCUAUAUGCUUAGAUCCUCUGAGUUACCACAGCAAGGGAAGCAGUCCGGGCCAAGCUAUAUUCACUGCUCAAUGUUCUCAUGCAUUCCAUUUUGCCUGCAUCUCUUCCAAUGUUCGUCACGGUAGUGUCACUUGCCCUAUUUGCCGCGCUCAUUGGACACAGCUUCCUCGCAACCUUAACAACACUCUUUCUGGUUCUUUUGCUUCUAGUAACCAAAGUGAUCCUAUUCUGCGAAUACUUGAUGAUUCUAUUGCCACCUUCCGUGUUCAUCGCCGUUCUGUCCUGCGUACAGCUCGCUAUGAUGACGAUGAUCCUGUUGAGCCUAAUGAAUCACCUAACACUCCCAAAUUGUGUUUCUCUCUAGAACCUAUUCCACCAAAUGCAGCAACUAGUUUCCAUCCUGCUUUGCAAGUGAGCAACCAUGCCUCAUGUCCUUGCAGCUCCUCAUCGAUGUUACAUUCUUCACCUAUGCAAACGCCUUAUAUCACCUGUCCCUCGUCUAAUAGAGCUUAUCUUUCGGUAAAACUAGCCCACGAACGAGCAACCGACUUGGUCUUAGUUGCUAGUCCCAAUGGACCACACCUAAGGCUUCUCAAACAAGCAAUGGCUCUUGUGGUUUUCUCCCUCAGACACAUCGACCGACUAGCCAUCGUCACAUACUCCUCAGCCGCAGCUCGCGUCUUCCCCUUAAGACGCAUGACAACCUACGGAAAACGCACAGCCCUUCAAGUUAUCGACCGUUUAUUUUACAUGGGCCAAGCUGAUCCAGUCGAAGGGUUGAAGAAAGGAAUUAAGAUACUCGAAGACCGAUUACACAAGAACCCCGAGUCCUGUAUCCUCCACCUAUCCGAUAACCCUACAAGACCAUACCACGCUAUCAGCAUGGAACUUCCAUCCACACCAAUUCAUCGAUUUCAUGUAGGAUUCGGCUUCGGCACUUCAAGUGGAUUUGUCAUGCAAGAGUUUGAGGAGUUCUUAGCCAAAAUGUUAGGAGGCAUUGUUAGGGAAAUCCAACUAAGAAUAUGCGGAGCCGGCGAGGAAGGCGGAAAUGGACGAGUGAUAAGAAUCGGAGAGAUAAGAGGUGGAGAAGAAAGAAGAAUUGUAUUAGACUUAGGUGAUUGUAGUCAUGUGUAUGUAGAAUAUAGCUACAUUGAAGGUGAAAUUGAUGAGUGUGUUAGAAGAACAGGAGAAAGUGUUGUAGGUGUUGGAGAUGAACAUAAAGGUGAAGAAGAUGAAGAUGGUGAAGAGAAUGAGAGUGAAAGAUAUAUGAACACUGCAAACACAGGUGGUAGGAAUAGUAGUGUUGAAUGCUGGGACUUUCAUGAUCCUUAUAUGGCUAGAAGAUGGGCUAAGUAUUUGCAUGGUUAUAGACUUUGA